UCAGUAUUUUGACGUUUCUAAUGUCGUUUCUGUAUCUGUCACCGGGCACUCAAAAUUUACUAAAUUCAAUUUAAAUCGUCUAAACCGACUUUAAUCAUGUAGUGUUGCACCAAAUUAUUUUCAAAAUCUCGGUCGUCGGCCAUGAAAAUGACCCUAAACGCCCAGGGAAUUACGGGAGACCGCCAAAGUGGUUCACCAUCGGACACCAAGUCUGGGAGCCCUGGUUCAAGUCCGAGGAGUAGCCCUAGGCCUUCACCGAAGCCCCAGACGAAACGGGAGCAUAGUCGAAUAGAUACACACCUCGGUGUCUCCAGGGAUCCUUCCAGUUCAUCCGUUAAAUUUGAUGUUUCUCCUGGUGUUACUCCGGAUUCUUGCGGACCAUUUCGAAUUCCCGGCAACGAAUUAGUGCUUCCCCCGGAAUUAAAUCGGACGGAAAGUACGAGUAGUUCGAAGGAUCGAAAAGACACUCGAACAAAAAAGAAAUCCGCCUGGUAUAACGUGUUAUAUCCAACUUAUAAAUCGAGAUCUGAAGAUUAUAAAAGGAUUUUUAAGGAAGUUCCCGAUGAUGAACGGUUAGUUGUAGAUUAUUCUUGUGCUUUACAAAAGGAAAUUUUGGUGCACGGAAGAUUGUAUGUAUCUCAAAAUUAUCUCUGUUUUUACGCCAACAUUUUCGGCUGGGAAACGAACGUUACGAUUAAAUGGAAGGAUGUAUCUGCUAUAACAAAAGAAAAAACCGCUUUAGUGAUUCCCAAUGCAAUUUUAAUUAUGGUGAAGAGCGAAAAAUUUUUCUUCACUAGUUUUGUGGCGCGCGAUAAAACCUAUUUGAUGUUAUUUAGAGUUUGGCAAAAUGCACUUCUUGAUCAACCAAUGGCUAUGCAAGAAAUGUGGCAAUGGGUACACCAGUGUUAUGGUGACGAAUUGGGUUUAACCAGCGACGACGAAGACUACAUUGCCCCUGGGACCGAAGAGGAAAAACUUUCAGGUCGAUUAUCGGUGGAAUCAUUCUCAGAAGAAUGCGGUAGUAACGGGGAUGUGAUGUUGGAUCAGUUAACGCCGGAGGAUAAGGAUGUUAAUGAGGUCAUUAACGAAGAGGAAGGUGCGGUAAAUAAUAAUCACACAGCGAUGCCGCCAACUGAUUUAUCAGAAAGUAGCGAUUCGGAUGGGGAGAAGGUCGAAAAUCCCGUUUGUACGGCUCUUCACGAAGGUAAACAAUUAAUCAACGAAGUUUACUCAAUGCACGUCGAUCAACUCUUCACCCUUCUCUUCACCAGUUCAAAGUUCUUCCUUGAUUUUCACGCUUCAAGAAAAACAAGCGAUUUUACGCAAACGGCAUGGUCGCACAAUCCAAACAAUAACAUGAAAACGCGCACCAUUAAUCUUACGAUUCCUUUAACUCAAGCGAUUGGGCCGAAAUCUGCCCAGGUAACAGAAACACAGGUGAUGUUAACAUGUAGCAAACCAGGUUAUCUUUACGCAAUCGAUGUGGAUAUAGUAAAUGGUGGGAUUCCUUAUGCAGAUAGUUUUUAUUGUUUCGUGCAUUACUGCUUACAUAAAAUUUCUGAUACCCAAUCAUCAAUGGCGGUUUAUGCCCAGAUUAAGUACAAAAAGAACGUUUGGGGAUUAGUUAAAGGGAUGAUCGAAAAAAAUAGUUGGCAAGGCGUCGAAGAUUUCUUUUCUGCAUUAGCUAAAGCCCUUCACAUAGAAGCGGAAGAAAGUACAAACUUAACGGAAAAACAUCGAUCCGGACGUAGAAGACGACCGAUUAUUCAACGUCCCAUUCCAAAAGAAAUGAUUCGACCUGUACGUAGUUCAAUUCCAAACAUAAACACCAUCGGUGGUGUCACCCAGGGAUCGCGAAUAGAUCCGAUGAAAAUCGUUUUUUCCGUACUCAUUAUGUUAGCGAUUCUCACUGGGGUACUUUAUUAUAAGUUAUGGACGUUAGAGGGGGCGAUACCUUCAACGUUUAUCGAUUUACAUGUACUUAAAGAUCCGCCAACAACCCAUGAGGAGUGGGUUAAGUUAUUACAACAACAAGAAACGUUGCAUACUGUUGAAAUGCACAAGUGGCAAAAAAUAUUAAAGACAGCAAUACAAUUAUUAAGAGAUAUUGAGGAGUCUUUGAGUCAGUUGCAACGAUCUAUUCAUCCGGCUUAUACUAGUAAAAUUAUGUCGAUGGUACAGAACCAAGACGGUUCAAAAUCAUCCAAUAAUGAUGAAUUGUAAGAUAUAAGUUUAAAACGAAAAGUAAUUAAUUAAUUAAUAGGUGAUAAUAGGUUUCAAUUGAGGUAGUAUUGUUCGUUGAUUGUGAUAUAAUUAUUUGUUUAAGCGUUUUAACGCCAAAUUUUUUCCAUUUAAUUGUACAGUUUCUUUUUUUUUUUGUGGAUUUUUUAGAAAUAACUUUUAAAAAUGCUGUUAGGUUAGGUAUACUGUUCCUCUUUUUAUUCCUUCCCCGUUAACCCGUGAAUCUCUUUUUUAAUAUUAAUUUAUAUACUGUGGUAAUUUAAGGAGUAAUUUAUGCGUAUAGGUGAAAAUAAAAGUAUAAAUUGAGUAUUAACAUUAAA